CUGGGGAGCUCGAGAGGACUGUGUCGUCGAGCAGGUCAUCUGGAAGGAUCGCAACGAAACUCAAAACACAAACGCCAUUUUAACGUAUAUUGCUUGCCCUCUACUUACAAUACCACUUGGGAUUAAUGUGGAUAUUCUGAAAACUGGAUUUACCAAGAGGAACUACAAGGAAAGACGAUGAGGAUAUCAACUUGGGAGCGUUUGCAGACCCUCGAAUGAGAAUAGUAACUUUUUAUCGGGACGAAGAGGAUAUUUAUAAUCGUGUCACCGUGUGAUCGAUCUUGCGUAACUUUAUACUUAGGGCUAUUCCUGUUUUAUAGACAACGAAGGUUGUUUUUUUUUAGCUGCACCGGCGCUCUCCUUUCACGCGCCUGUUGACGGCGCGUGGCGGAGACACCGGAGAAGCUUCGGCUUGCGCCAGCUACCGGAGAAGGACCGGCUCGCGCCAGCCACCUGACCUCUGUACAGGAAAACAAGUGCUUGCUUAAUGAAACAGGCCGGUGGUUCUUGUCUAUUAUAUCCACGUUUAUUUCUCGACAUGGGCUACUUGUUGUUUACGGUUUGAAGGCUAAACUUCUCACGCGAAAGGAUUAACGUCACAAGUUCGAGCGUUUCCAUAGUGACAUAGUCGAUUUAUGUUAAUUAGCCGUUGGAUAUAGAUUUCGCGUAAUUUAUAGAAUGUAAACGUUUGUAUGGUGGAGUUUGAAGGUUGAACCGUUUUUGGUUGUUUUGUUUUGAACCACUUUAACCGCAUCAGACGUCCUCAAGCUGUCACUAUGGCCAGAAGCACGGUGCUACUUCACCCCCCCCUCGAGCAGCGGCUCCAUGCCUAGUGAGUAACCGCUCCGGUGCGGCGGGCCGUGGCCCUGCGGCGGGAAGACCGCCGGCAUGAGCAGCAUGGAUCUCGAGCGCAUGUCGCUCAGCUCCUCGGCCAACUCCGUCGCCUCGAGUGCCCGGACACUGUCGGCCAACGUGAAGAAGCUCCACAACGCCUUGAACCUCCUGCUCAACGAGUUCGAGAGGGAGCAGUUCAUCCACUGCCUCAACGUGUACCACUCCAAGCGCAACGUGUACGACCUGGUGCAGACCCUCAAGAUCAUCCUGAACGCGCCGAGCAAACGCCAACUUCUGCCCAUGCUCCGGCUGGUCAUCCCCCGCUCGGACCAGCUGCUGUUCGACCAGUACACCUCGGAGGGUCUCUACCUGAAAUCGGAUUUAGUUGCGAGCAACGGGACCCUGGAGCCCCCGAACGACUUGGCCAGUGGGAGCUCGACCCCGACCUCUCCACCAGCGCGGGAUGUGCCUUCGCCAAACAUCCCCCGCGAGUCCAAAGUGGCGCUGCGAGGCUCUCCGGAUAGUUUCAGCACUAGCAGCGAGGGGACAGCUCCCCUCGUGCCGCUGCUCGGUAAAAACUUUGUCCACGAGCCUCCCGGGGAGGUGCGCCAUGUGAUCAUGAAGCGGCACAAGAGCAACGAGGGUCUGGGGUUCAGCAUUCGCGGGGGCUCGGAGCACGGGGUGGGCAUCUACGUGUCCCUCGUGGAGCCCGGGUCUCUCGCCGAGAAGGAGGGUCUUCGGAUCGGGGAUCAGAUCAUGAAGGUCAACGACAAAGUGUUCGACAAGGUGACCCACGCAGAAGCUGUUAAGGUGCUGAAGGGCACCAAGAAGCUGUCACUGCACGUGCGUUCGGUGGGCCGCAUCCCGGGGGGCUACGUCACCAACCACGUGUACACCUGGGUGGACCCCCAGGGCCGCGGGGUCUCCCCUCCCCCCGACCUCCCUGAGCACCGCAGCAACACCCUGCGGCGCAGCGACGGCCAGCGGCGCAGCGACAUGGCGCUGCUGCAGGACGGCGACGAGAAGAAGGUGAACCUGGUGCUGGAUGACGGGCGGUCUCUGGGCCUGAUGAUCCGGGGCGGGGCAGAGUACGCUCUGGGGAUAUACAUCACCGGGGUGGACCAGGGGUCUGCUGCAGAGUGCGGAGGACUCAAGCCCAGCCCCGGAUCCCACGGCCCGCAACCGGCUCCAACACCCCCCUACUGGCCUCUCUGUCUCCCCUCCCCCGACUCUCCCUCCCCCGGCUCCCCCCCCUCCCACCAGGUGGGCGACCAGAUCCUGGAGGUGAACGGGCGCAGCUUCCUGGGCAUCCCCCACGACGACGCGGUGCGCGUGCUCAAGUCGUCGCGCCACCUGAUGAUGACGGUGAAGGACGUGGGCCGGCUGCCGCACGCCCGCACCGUGGUGGGAGAGACCAAGUGGAUCGCCAGCUCCCAGAUCUCCGAGACCUCCACCACCAGCAGCCUGGCGGGUGUUUCCAUGGACCAGGGAGCCUCCGCAGCCGGAAAGCCGGUGUUCUACAAGGGCGUGGCGGGCUCCCAGGUGACCCUGACCAGCGUGGUGAACCAGCCGCGGGCCAUGCUGGAGGAGCAGGCCCGCCACCUGCUGACGGAGGCGGAGCGGCAGACCAUGGGCUACUACGUGGAGGAGUACCGCGACGGGCACAUCGCCGUGGAGCCGCUGGUCAUGGCUCUGUUCGAGCUGCUCAACACACACGCUAAGUUCUCCCUGCUCUCAGAGGUGCGCGGCCUGGUCACUCCCCAGGAUUUGGAGCGCUUCGACGGGCUGGUGUUGCGCCGCGAGAUCCAGGCUCUGAAGGGCCGCCAGGGCCCCGCCGGAGCCCCGGGCCUCCACCCAGACUCCCAGUCCAUGGUGUCCUACCCCGACACGCUGACCUCCUCCUCCGCCAGCUUCAUGACCAACACCACCCUAAGCUCUGCCCGGGAGAGGUUGCUCUGGCUCAUAGAUAUGAUGGAGAACGACAGUGUGGCGGACAGUGAGAGGGACACUCUGGAGAGUUCAGAAACUCUGCUGCCAGACAUCUCGUUGGACGACGUCGACUCGUCCACACCCGAGCCCCCCCCCUCCUUUAAGCCACCGCCCCCCCCCGGGGUUCAGAGGAAACCCAGCCGGAGGGAUAAGGUGGACAAGCGCACUUCCUCCGAGUCCGCCCAAUCAGACGGCCUUUACUUCACCGCGCCCGCCUCCCGCAACCACCACGCCCCCCCCUCCCCCUCGCCGCUCCCCCCCCACCGAACCGCCCGUAGAGACUCCUCCCACCAGUACGCCACCGUCCAGAGGAAAGGCCCCUCCCUCCCGCCCAUCGCGGCCCAGCUGGCCAUGGUCCACCGCCACCACAUCGGGCCCUUCCCCAGGGUCCAGUCCCCCACCAGGGGCCCUCAGCCCUCCCCCAGGUCCCCAUCCACACCACCUCCUCCUCCGCCUCCUCCGCUCCCUGCUCCAGCCCCGCCUCAUCCGCCACCACCUCCACCCUCUCAUCCUCCGCCCCACACCCCACAGACCAAGGCCUCGGCCAAGACCUCCCCCAAAGCCCGGUUUGUGACGGUGGAGCUCCACCGGCAGAACGCGGAGCCAGACCUCAACGAAGUGCGCCCCCUGCCCCAGCCUGGAGGUGGGACCCUGGCCCAGCAGUCGGACGGGGGUCAGACCCUGAGUGAGGACAGUGGGGUGGACCUCCCGGAGUCUCAGGGCCACACUAGUAAGGACGGCCCCGGCCGCCCCGCAUGCAUACGCCCCCCACAGGGCGGCCCGGGGGGGGCGGGGGAGCACACUCCCAGACCGCCGGGUCUGCUGGAUCCCACCUCCCAACUGGUGAGGGUCGGGAAGAGCGCUACCACGCUGGGGAUCGCCAUCGAGGGAGGAGCCAACACACGCCAACCCCUGCCCCGUAUCGUCACCAUCCAGAGGGGUGGGUCGGCCCACAACUGCGGCCAGCUGCGGGUGGGUCAGGUGAUCCUGGAGGUGAACGGGGUUUCCCUCAGGGGCCGGGAGCACCGGGACGCGGCGCGCCUCAUCGCCGAGGCCUUCAAGAACAAAGAGCGCGACCACGUGGACUUCCUGGUGACAGAGUUCAACGUAGCGCUAUAGCUUGGAGAGGACGAGGAGCGGUGCUGAAGGGAAGUCGAAUGAGUCUCACUCCCCUA